CUCCUCGCUGUCUGAGAGUUGGCCGCAUCGAUCUAGAUUCAGCCCCACAUCACAGGCACGAGCUCAAUCAUAGGACAACAAAUACGAAGGUCGAACAUGAGGUAUUUUGGGACGAAUGGAUUGGCUCGUCAGCAUGUCAUUCAUUUCAUUCUUACUUCCGUGGCUGUACGCCCUAUAUCUGUACAUCACUCGUCCUGGUCACCACGUGAAGAAGAUCAGCCUUGUUCUCAGUUCGAAGGUGAUGGUUUCCCCUUCGGAGGCUCGGCCCAGAACUCGUUCGCGACGGACCCCAAGCAUUUGCUUAUUUGACAUAAGCUUUGUGCCUUGGUAUUUUUGUUGCCAACCCAAGCUGGGCCAUCGUCCCCUUUGUUGCCAUCGACCUCUGCUUUGACGCGGCUACGACAGCGGCCAAUACCAUCGCUUUGCUUUCUUCAGCCUCUAAUCUCUCCAAUAACUUAGAAUGCGCAGAGGUUUCCGUCGCUGUUAUGCUGCAUAGAUGCAGAUAUACUACCCG